AUGUGUAAUCCUUAUUAUAAAUCAAGAGCAUUGUAUCAAUUAGCGAUAUUCUAUGAUAAAAAAAGUUAUGAAUUAUUAAAUCAAUCUUUUAUACUGACAAAAAAUAAUCAAGAAUCAUCUCUAAAAUUUCAAGUUUUAGAAAAUAUUUUUAAUAUUAUUCAUUAUAAAGAUAUUGAACAAAAAUUAUUCAUUCAACAAAUAGUUAACGAAUUAAUUUUAACAUAUGAUAAUAUUGAUGAUGUUUAUAAUCGAAUUAUUGCAUCAAUAAGAUUAUCGUUUUAUGGAUCAGGAGAAUUUCGAAAGAAAUAUUUAACUAAUACUUUAGAAACACUUUAUCAAAUGAAUGAAAAUGAUGAUAAAAUCAAAUUAAUUAUUAAAUUAAAACCAUUAAUUACUAUCUACGAUGAUCUUCUUAUCAAUUUUAAUCAAAUAAUAGAAAAUCUUAAAAAUAAAAUGCAUUUUUAUAUAGUUAAUGCUUAUUAUGGAAAAAUUUUAUUUACUGAAACACGAUCUUUAUUUAAUUCAAAUAUAAUUGUAGAUUUGUCUGAAGAUUUGAAAAAUAGAAAUAAUACGGAUAAUAUUACAGAUAUUUCAAAUUAUAAUGAAUUACAAGGUUUAUUUUUAUUAUUUGCUCAAUUGAACGAUAUAAAAUUAGUUAUGAAUAAAAUAGAAAGUACAGAUCAAUUAUGGAUUAAUCUUUUUAAAGAUAUUAAUAAUUCAUCAACUAUAGAAAAUAUCUUAAAUAUUGGUUUACAUGAUGAAAUAUUUCUAAUACCCCAAAUUGCUAUUAUUAUUGAUGAAUUAAUAGAAAAAGGAAAAGAAGAUAGUAUAUCAAUUAUUUUUCCUUAUAUAAUAAAACCAUUUAAUGAAGUAUUACCUAUUGUUCAGAAAUGGUUUACUCAAUAUAACAAUCAUCAAAUUAAAAAUCUCGCAGCUCUCUUACUUACAGAAGCUAAGUAUAUUUUUGAACCUACUAUUGAUACAAUUAUAAAUUUACUCACAAAUGAUAAUGAUCAAAUGAGAUAUAGAGCUCAAAUAAUUUUUCAACAUCCUGCAAGAGAUGUUGAAGUGCCUAGUAAACGAAUAUCUCUAUUAGGAGAAAAAACAAUGAUAAAGAUUCUUGAACAUGCUUUUAUAAAAGAUUAUCUUUCAAGAAUUCGAGUUUUUCUUUUACAUUUUUCUUUUGAUUUACUAUGGGAUGAUUCUAUCGUUUUUUACAAAUUAUUUCAAUAUAUGAAUCAAUUAGCAGAGAGAAAUUCUACUAAUACGAGAACAAUACAUUUUUUAAAUAGACUUUAUUUCAUUAAUAAUUUUACUUGGAAAUCAAUAAUUGAAAUAAUAAUACAAACAUUAAAUCCAUUGUAUAUUGAAAAGUUACUUCAUUCAGUAAUGCAUUUAGCAAAACAUUCUCAGAUUUCAGCAGAUAAUUGGAUUGAAUUUGCGAAAUUAUUAGCAAUAACAGAUAAAUCUCAAUUUAAAGAAAAAUUAUAUUUUUUAAAUACAGAUAUUGAAAGAAUUGAAUUUAUUCUUAAUGAAGUUUCUACUUCAACAAAUAUGAUUGAAAAAACUUAUUUUGAAAAUCUUGAAUCAAUAUUAGUACAACGAACAACCAUCAAAGUUGAAAAUCUUUCACGGCAAACCUACGAUGAAAUCAUAUAUGUAUAUCUCGUUGUAACUUUACUAUUUCAAAUAAUGCUAAUCAAACAGUAA